AUGGAGAACCCAGAUACAAAAACCACUAUAUCACCGCCGCCACAAGAACCAGACCCCAAGAAGCUCAAAAUGUCGACCACCACCACCACCAGCGAUGACGAUGAAACCACCACCAUGGACACCACCAAAAAGCAAAGAUACAAGCGUCGAAAGGUUGCAAUUUUCUUCGCUUAUUGCGGUGUGGGAUACCAAGGCAUGCAAAAGAAUCCAGGCGCCAAAACUAUCGAGGGCGACCUCGAAGAAGCCCUUUACCUCUCCAACGCGGUUCCCGAGCAGGACCGCAACAACCCUAAACGCUAUGAUUGGGCCCGAUCCGCCCGCACCGAUAAGGGCGUAAGCGCCGUCGGUCAGGUUGUAUCCGGCCGCUUCUAUGUCGACCCACCGGGCUUCGUCGACCGCCUCAAUUCCAACCUUUCUCCACAGAUUCGGAUUUUCGGCUACAAGCGCGUGACGGCAUCGUUUAACGCCAAGAAGUUCUGUGAUCGGAGAAGGUAUGUGUAUCUCAUUCCCGUGUUUGCUCUUGAUCCCAGUGCUCAUCGCGAUAGGGAGAGCGUUUUGGCUAGUCUUGGGUCUGAUAAGGAGUUUGUUAAGUGCUUGGAGUGCUCCGAGAGAGGGCGUAAAGUUGGGGGAUUGAUGGGUAAGCGCAAUUAUGAAUUGAGGGGGACGAGUUUUGGGCUAGACAUUUCGUCGAACACCAAUGAGUCUAUGGUUGAGUCUGAGUUUAAUGAAGAAACGAAGGUUUCUCCGGACAAUGCUGGUGGUGAUGAUUCCAAAUCUGAACCCAAAAAUGAAAGUAGCACUAGUAGUAAUGACAAUGGGGUUUCUGGAGUUGAGGUUGAGAAUUCCGAGGAUACUGAUUUGAAUUCGGAGCCACUGAAUGAUACAACAAAAGUUAGUGUUGGUGAAGAGAACGCUAAUGGAGAAGAAAAGCCAGAGAAGGGAAGUGGAAGUGAGUUUUGUUAUGGUGAGAAGGAGAAGGAUCGGUUCAACAGAAUCUUGAAUUGUUAUGAGGGGACUCAUAACUUCCACAACUUCACCACCAGAACUAAAGCUGCAGACCCCGCUGCUCGGCGAUACAUCAUUUCGUUCAAUGCAAACACCACAGUUACAGUUGGGGGUAUGGACUUUGUUAAGUGUGAAGUUGUAGGGCAGAGCUUCAUGCUUCAUCAAAUUAGGAAGAUGAUUGGGCUUGCGGUGGCAAUCUUCAGGAACUGUGCUCCGGAGUCAUUGUUAGAAAUAGCUUUGCAAAAGGAUGUUAACGUCAAUGUGCCUACGGCUCCUGAGGUUGGUUUGUACUUGGACGAGUGCUUCUUUGCGUCGUAUAACCAGAAAUGGGGAGACAGUCAUGAAGAGCUGUCAAUGAAAGACUAUGAACAAGAGGCAGAAGAUUUCAAGAUGAAGCAUAUAUACCCUCAUAUUGCAUCCACAGAGCAAAAAGAAGGUGUCGUGGGUCUCUGGUUGCACUCUCUCAACCACCGUAAUUACCCCGAUUUAUGUACUACUGCUGCUGACAACGAUGGAAACACCAGCAAUGAAGAGAGUGUUGAUGUGGGGAAUGUCGAAGAGUAA